CAUAAGUGUUCAACACCUACUACUUUCACACCAAUUCCCACAUCAACUAUUAUUCCUUGUUGCCAACCUGGUAAUCCUGCAUUUCAAUCUCGUGCUCCUAUCACACUACAUUCAGCUGUUCAUGGUACUUCUGUUCCUAGUGCCGGUGGAGAUGCACAAAAAUGUUGUGAAUCUUGUUUUAAUGAUUCUAAUUGUGCGCAAUGGCUCCUUGCUGAAGAUAGAUGUAUUAAUUUUGGGCAUGAUGAUGCUUGUAAUAACCCCGUAACACCACUUGGACCUCUUGCAACAAAUGGAGGAAUUCUUCGAUGCUCAGAUGGUUGUUUAUAG